AUGAGGAAAUCCAAAAGCAAGUUACAGAAAAGAUCGGUCGCUGAUGUUGGUAUCGAAAAUUCAGAAGAAGCAGCAUUUAGGAAGAACAUUUUUAAGAAAGCAGGAAACAGAAAAAAGAUAAAUAAUGAAAUCCUAAAAGAAACAAAACAAAAAACACGAUUUGCAAAUGCAAAAUUACCAAACUCCUCAAAAUUAUUAAAUUACGAUCCAGAAAAGAAGUCAUUAUACGCUAUUGAAAGAGAUCUUCCGACAACAGGAUUACUUGACAAAUUUAAUAUAUGUGCCUCAUCUGGACAGGGGUACGGACUUGGAUUCAAUCAAUUUGGACAAUUUAUGUUCGGCCAACAAGGAAUGAAUUUUUCAUUUAACGGUCUAAAUACUGAUUACGGAAAUAUUCCAGCCGGAGAGAGCUUAAAUAGCUUUGGAGCAGCAGGCUUUGGAGUUGGCCUCGGAACAGGCGAAGGAUUAGGAUUUGGUACAGGAUUAAAUACAGACUUUGGAAAUACACAAGGGGGAAUAGAAAUAGGAAAUAUACAAUACGUAGGAAAUACUGUUGAUACAUCUGGAGGAAACCAAGGUUUAGGAAGUGGAAUUGGAACUGGAGAAGGCUUUGGAUUUGGAUCUGGAUUAAAUACAGAAAUUGGAGCUAUGCAGGGUGGAAUGGGAUUUGCAGAAUUCCAAAAUUUCAAUCCUGGUGGAGUAUUUGAUAAUUUGGUUAUUGGAAGUGGACUGAAUUCAAGUUCAUUUAAUACUAGCCUGAAUUCAGGAAACUUUAACGAUCUAAAUGCUUCAUUUGGUGGAACUAGUGGAAAUAUGAGUCCUAUUGGCCAUUCUCCCUCAGCAGAAUUCAAUUCAUCCUUCGAUAAUGGUGUAAGUAGUCCUAUUGGCAGCCCCAUUGGAGAUAUCGGCAAUGGAUUUGACUUUCCAUCUCCUCAAUCACAGAAUGAUGGAUUUUCAUCAGGUAGGUUAAAGCGAUUUGAUAAUUUUUUACGUCAUUAA